CAUAAUGUUUUUUUAAAUGUUUUCAUGCCAGCGAUAAGAACACGCACUAAACAGUAUAGGUUUCCCCUUUAGGAUUUGCAACUUUCUUCUAAAACAUUUCUCCGUAGUUUUUACGCUUUCGAGAUUCUCAUAUAGAGAUAUCGAAAUGGGACACCCUGUAUACAUAGAUACAGGGCAUUCCUUCGUUUGUAACCUGUAACGUGAAACCGCCAAUCCAAUCCAUUUGCAAUCGUAGUAUAGGAUUCGAAUGAACGUUGCGUGUGAAAUACUUAACAUAUAUAGGUGCAUUGGUUUUGGCGUCGUAUUACAGAUUACAGGUCAUUGUUCUUCGGGCUUCAAUGAGAAAUUAACGUUUUAAAAUAAACAGAGAGCAUAACGAGUUUACAAUGGCACAAGUACGGUAUACUCGUAAUUUAUUCUUACGAGGGAUGUGUGUCGUAUAUCUCUUUGCGUUUCUCAGCUUUUACGUACAAAUUCCGGGAUUAUAUGGGGAUAACGGGAUUCUACCAGCUAGAACUCAAUUAGAUCUCAAAGGACGAUCCCUUCUGGUUCAAAAAUUAACACAGAAACCUACAUUGUUGUGGUUUGCUCCUUAUGUUGGGCUGAAUGUGGAGUACAUGCUAGAUGUCUUAUCACUUCUUGGAGUUGUCCUCUCCUUUUUAGGAUUUGUUUCACAAAAAUUCUGUAUUGCACUAGUAUUUGCAUUACUCUGGUCACUGUAUUAUUCUCUCUAUCGAAUUGGCCAAACAUUUAUGUUGUUCCAAUGGGAUGUACUUCUGUUAGAGGCAGGAUCUUUAUGUGUAUUAGUAGCUCCAUUCUGGUAUUCUCAUCGUGGAAAAACAAGCACACCUAGCGAUGCUGUGACAUUUUGGACCAUACGAUGGCUACUAUUUCGUUUAAUGUUUUCCAGUGGGGUAGUGAAACUUUCCACUGGUUGUCCAUUAUGGUGGAAAUUGGAUGCUCUAAAUGUGCAUUUUGAGUCUCAAUGCAUACCUACUCCAUUAGCAUGGUACGCUCAUCAUUUGCCAACGUGGUUCCUGCGUUUUACUACCGUCCUCGUGAAUAUUAUCGAAUUAGUUGUUCCAUUUUUAUUUUUCUUCCCAAAUAGAAAAGUAAGAAUAACAGCUUUUUAUAUGCAAAUGUUCCUUCAAAUACACAUCAUAGCAACAGGGAACUACACAUUUUUCAACUUUUUAACUAUCUGCUUGUGUAUCUCUCUGCUCGACGACCAAUUUUUCUACAAGAGAAAAUCGAACAAUUCUAACAAUCUUAUGAAAUAUUUCUCCACGAUAUUAUGUAUUGUAGUUUAUGCAGGAAUCUCUUAUGGGACUUAUGUAUUUUAUAAUCUUAGACUUACCGAUAACUGGACAAUUCAAAGUGAUAUCGCAUUCACACAAGAGCAAUUCGAUUACGUUUUAUCGCUCGGAGUUCCAAUUUCUAUCUACAUUGGCGUAGCGUCUCUUGGCUUCGCGAUACUAAAAGCGAUAAUCGACUCUUUAUUAACAGUUAAAGGAAUGCGAAACAAAAUUUUUACCAUGUUCAUUACGAGUCUGUAUACGGCAGCGGUUUGUUUUAUCGUUGCUAUAAGUAUCGUACCAUACGCUACACUACAUCAUUCCUACAAUUCGACGAUACCCAUUCAACUGAAACAAAUUCACGCAAAAGUUGAACCUUUCCGACUGGUAAAUAGUUACGGAUUAUUUAGGCGCAUGACUGGAGAAGAAGGUAGACGAGAAGUGAUCAUUGAAGGAAGCAAUAAUAUCGAUGGACCAUGGAAAGAAUACGAAUUUUUAUACAAGCCUGGGAAUGUUAACAACACGUUGCCCUUUGUUGCUCCCCAUCAACCUCGUCUCGACUGGCAAAUGUGGUUUGCCGCAUUAGGUACUUAUCAUCAAAAUCCGUGGCUAAUGUCGUUAGCUUAUCGUCUUUUAAGCGGCCAACCCGAGGUAUUGGCCUUGAUGAAUAACGUGGAGAGCCCAUUCCGUGAAAAACCUCCCAAGUACAUCAAAGCCAGUCUUUAUCACUAUCAUUAUACCCCGUGGAGCCAAUCGUGGAACAAGCAAGCUUGGUGGACGAGAGAAAAAAUCGGCGAAUAUUUUCCUAUAUUCAGUCACGAUCAUCCACCUCUUCUUGACUAUUUGUCAAAGAUGAAGAUCAUUCGAGACAAGCCAACUUUCAAAAUUACGAAUGAACCAUUGAAACUGCUACUCGAUGGUAUUCGAUCUUUGGUUCAUAAAAUUGAGGCCAGUCUUCUUCUGUGGGGUGUCUUUACGGCAGGUUUUGCAAUUAUUAUGACCAGCUAUAAUAGUUCAUCUUUAAGAAGGAAAUAAUUACUCGACUAGUCUUUGCGAUGUUUUUAAUAACGGGUAAUAAUUAGAAUUGUGUGAGAAUCUGAAAAUGUCUCGUCUCGAUAUUUCCGAGUUCUUGCACAUCUCUAAAACUAAUAAGGUAAUGGGGAGUUGCGCUGUAUUUCGUUUGAAUAAAGCACCGUGAUGGGUAAGCCAUUUAAGAUAACCAUCUGAACGAGCCACUAAUGCGAUCAACUACCGCAUCGUGCAAAUCGUUUUCUAAAUACUGAUUACGAUUUACGUUUACGAGCACACGAUUCUCUCGAAGCUCCUACUUUCUGUUUGCCCUUCGUAUAAAACUCGAUCGAGCUAAUCCUGAGAUUAUAAUAUACAACGCGCGAGUGUUGACUGCAAAUGUUACACAAAUAUCGUUGAAAGGACAUUUAGUAAUAUAGAAAAAUAUACUCUAUUUAUUUUGCAUUAAUAGUUCAAAGAAAAAGUGUUUGGACUGAAUUAGCGAGGGUGCAUUUUACUAUUUAUACGUAACUGAAAUUGUUUACAUUUUUGUAAUUUUUAUACAAACUGUAGAACCUAUAUACAACAAUACUCUUUUCUUUUUUCUUUUUUUUCCCCUGAUAUUUCUUCGUUAAUUUACAUACUUCGAACUGUUUCUCGUAGUCCGGUCGAUAAAAGUAUAGGUUUACUCUAAGAGUGUUUCUAUUUUUUGUAUAAAACAAAAGACGAUAAAAAUGUUUGGAUCGUAUUACUUUAAGGAACCUGCGAUCAUUGUAUUUACAGAUUUCGUUCACUAAUCAAUGAAUUUGCAUUGUAGAUAUCGAUACAUGAAAAAUUUGAAACAUGCAUACAUACUUGA